AUGCCCAUCUCUCUCUCUCCCCCCCGCCCAGAUUGCACUGGCUGCCCCCAGCUGAGCGGGGGGCUGAUCGCGGGGCUGGUCGUGGGGGACCUGCUGCUGACGCUGCUCAUCGCUCUGGCUGUCUACUGCCUGGCUGGCAAGAUCCACCACCUCCGGGGGAGCGCACAGGCGGAGGUCAAGAAGCCCCCCGCCACUGAGAUGGAGUCGCCGUACCAGGAGCUCCAGGGUCAGAGACUGGAUAUUUACAGUGACCUGAAGAAGUCGGGAGCCAAUUAUUAAUGCCCCGUCUCCGUCCCACGCCCGCUCUGCACCCAAGUGGCUGGUGCCAGGGUGUUGAAUCCAUGCAGCCUGCGUUGUUUAUCCCCGUGCCACCCGCUCUGAGCACCAUUCCGUGCAAAUAUGCAGCCCCCCUAAAUCUGCAGCGUUGAUCCCACCCUGCAUAGGCGCCGACUCCAUGGGUGCUCCGGGGCUGGGGCACCGACAGGGAAAAAUUGGUGGGUGCUCUGCACCCACCAGCAGCUCCCCAACCCGCCUCCUUACCCCAGCUCACCUCCGCCUCCUC